CAUUAACAACAUGGCAAGUGGUUCCAAUAAACUUUCUUUGAAAACUCGAGGAAUAUUAUAUCUGUGCUGUGUUGUUGUUAGUUUAAUGGUGAUUGAACAGAUAUUUCAAGGAUGUCACUCGUUAGAAGACAAAGAAGUUCAUCCACCAACCGUGCUUAUUGCCUUUUUAGUCCGAAAUAAGGCUCAUACUUUGCCAUGGUUUUUGGGUCAUAUUGAAAAGCUCGACUAUCCAAAGAACAGAAUUACACUGUGGAUAAGAAGUGAUCAUAAUAAAGAUAAUUCAUCAGAGAUUUUAGAGGAAUGGUUGGCUGGGGUUCAACAUCAAUAUCAUAAUGUUGAUGUCAUUAUUAAUAGUAAGAGAAAAGGCUACUCUGAUGAAAGAUCUACUAAUGAUUGGACGAAGAAAAGAUUUAAACAUGUUAUUAAGUUGAGACAACAAGCUUUAGAAAUGGCCAGACAAAAAUGGGCAGAUUAUUUUAUGAUGUUAGAUUCUGAUGUUAUUAUAGAAAAUAACAGAACGCUUCAUUUACUUAUGCAACAAGAAAAAACCAUCAUAGCACCAAUGAUGAAUGCCAGUAUUAUUGGUUACUAUUCUAACUUCUGGGGUGGCAUGGAUAAAAAGGGUUACUAUGUUAGAACUAAAGAAUAUAUACAGAUGGUAGAUUUAAAGAUCAGAGGGUGUUAUAAAGUACCAAUGGUUCAUUCCAUAUUUUUAGUAGACUUAAGACGAAGUGCUACAGAUUUUCUAGCCUAUUCCCCAUCACCACCUAAAUAUAAGGGACCUUAUGACGACAUUAUCAUAUUCGCUCAUUCUGUUAAAGCAGCAGGUAUAUCAAUGUUUGUUUUAAAUACACAGUAUUUCGGUAAAGUUAUGGUACCAUUAGACUGGCAGUACUCACUAAGUGAUGAAAGAGAUCAGUUUACUUAUGUUAAAUUAGAAGCAAUGGUUGAUGGUCCACAAUUAUACAGAUCUCCACAUGUUUAUGUACCACCUACACCACAGAGUAAACUAGGCUUUGAUGAGAUUUAUAUGAUUAAUUUAUUAAGAAGACCAGAAAGAAGAGAGAGAAUGGUACAUAGUUUAUAUGAUUUGGGUAUUGACGCCAAAUUAUUUGAUGCAAUAGAUGGAAAAAAUCUAAAUGAUACGUUUUUAGAUGAAUUAGGUAUUGAUAUGUUACCAGGAUUUGCUGAUCCUUAUCAGGGAAGGGCCUUAACUAUGGGUGAGAUUGGCUGUUUUCUAAGCCAUUAUACCAUUUGGGAAGAGGUUAUAGCCAAGAAAUAUGAGAAGAUUCUGAUAUUUGAAGAUGAUGUGAGAUUUGAGCCAUAUUUUAAAAGAAAACUUUAUCAUUUAAUGGAUGAAGUAGAUAAAUUAGUACCCAAUUGGGAUCUAGUAUAUCUAGGUCGAAAGCGGCUAGAUAGAGAUAGUGAAAAAAUGGUAGAGAAUAGUGAAACCUUGAUAUGGCCGAGUUAUUCUUACUGGACUUUAAGUUAUAUGUUAUCUCAUAGAGGGGCUGUUAAGUUAAUGUCUCAUAAACCAUUACAUAGGAUGAUACCAGUAGAUGAAUAUUUACCUAUAUUAUUUAAUAAACAUCCCACGAAAGACUGGAUGAUACAAUUUGAACCAAGAAAUUUAGUUGGUUUAUCAGCAGAACCAUUGCUACUUUAUCCUACCCAUUAUACUGGUGAAACUAACUAUUUCUCUGAUACUGAAGAAUCCACAGCGGUACCAAAGGAUGACUGGACUGGGCAGCAAAUAACAACAAUUUGGUGACUUCUUUCUGCCGAGGGUUGAGAAAUUUUUGAAGAAAGGAAUAAAAGUUGCAAAUGAUUAAUUGAUGGAUGCCAAUGAGCCUGGAAAUCAAAUCUAUCAUCAUUAACUUUACCUCAAACCUCUCAUUUGUUGUUUGUAAUUUACUAAAUAAUUUCUCUGCAAAUUCUUGGGGAUCAUGUAAUAAAUGUAAGGCAGAAAAGUUGAAAUUUUCAGCCUUGCUGCUUUGUCUGCUUUUCUUAGCAAGUUUAAGUUGUUUGUCAAUCUUUCGCAAUCGUUUGCGAGUCUUUUUACCAAUUUUCAAAUUUGCUUUGGCCUUUUUGAUGUCUGGCUUAAUAGCUCGUGUUUCUGCACCUUCAGCAUCACUGCCAUCUUCAUCAUCUUCUUCAUCAUCAUCUUCAUUAUGGCCGAUAAAAAAAUUCAAAGCUGGGACAAGAAUUUUAGUAACUUUCGACAAACAUCCAUUGGAAAUGACAUUUACUACUUUUGGAGUGUUCCAUAUAUUUCUCUUGUAUAAAUCUAUCAUAACAUCUAAAGACAUUUUGGCAGCCGUAUGAUUGUUGUCACGUAACAUGGUGUACAUGAAAUUUUGAAGUGUCGAGUUCAGUUUGGCAUCUCUGUGCUUCAAAUUCACAGUUUUAAUGUCAGUUAUGAUAUAAUUAUACAACGUUUUCCUAAGAACUUUAUCCUGGCACCGAAAAAGUUUGAAAAAUAGUUCCAAAAUCUUGGUGGCAGGUAUCAAAUUUUUACUUCGCAUCAGAAUAAGAGCUUUGACAAUUGUCAUUCGCAUGCCAGGUUCCAGGGCAACGCCUUGACUUUGUAAGAGUUCACAUAGUUCUUGUGGAUACGAUUCCAAAUCUUGUCUAUAGCACUGUGCAACUUGGGCCAGAAAUGUUAUCAAAUCAUUCAGUGUUUUCACAAAUUUAGAUGGCUGAAGACGAAAAACUUCCAUAUGAGAUUGAUAAUGCCGAUAUUGCUGAAGAAAUUCAUCCCUGUACGAAUCACUAUCACGUUUUAUCAAAUUCUGAAGCUGUGGCAAAUUUGACGGCAGUUUAUUAUUUGAUGUCUUCCGAGACAUUUUGAAAAUUUAAUAGGCAGAGAUCAUAAACUGACUUAUUUCUG